AUGGUCUCGUUCAUUCAAGCAGUAACUGCUGUCUCGAUUCUUGUUAAAGCAUGCCUCGCUGCCAACACUGCUAUUCAGAUCUUCAACGGACCUUACGGUGUGGGCACGGCCACCGCUGAGCUCAUCAACACCAAAUUGCUCGACCCAUACGCACCCACCAAACAAGAUCGGCGACUCAUGGUCUCUGCCUUUUAUCCUGUGGCCGAGAUAGCGGAUUGCCAGCACACUAACAUCUCCUAUAUGCCAGCAGGGACCGCCGCCGUCUAUGACCAGGAAUACGGCGCAGCUGGGCUGCCCAAUGGGACAUUUGAAGCCUUACAUUUGGCGCUGUGCGGGAACACAUUGUCUCAAAACCCCCCGAAGAACAAAUACCCUCUCGCCAUCUUUUCGCCAGGGUUGGGGUUUUCUCGACUGAUCUACAGUAGCUUCGCGGCAUCAUUGGCAGCCCUGGGCUACGUCGUUGUGACGGUAGAUCACCCGUAUGACGCUGACGUCGUUGAAUUUCCCAACGGCGACCUGGUAAUGGCUGCAAAUAUCAACGACUCCGACGUUAGCCAACUCGACACAGCGGUGGCAGUUCGAACCAAAGACCUUUCGUUCGUUAUGGACCAAAUGCGGAAUCGGACGGUUACGAGAUCCCUUCUGCAGAAGGUGUAUGGAAAAAUGAACCCAUCCCAGACAUUUGUCUUCGGCCACUCAAUCGGAGGAGCAGCAGCGGCUGAGACCAUGUUGCAAGAUCAUCGGCCUCUUGCGGGAGUCAAUCUCGAUGGGACUUUGUUUGGUCAGGUUGUCUCCGAGGGUCUUGACAAACCAUUCAUGUUUUUCGAGCACGACGGAAAGAACCAGUCCACAGAAGCUACCUGGGCCAGCAUAUGGACGCACCUGAACAGCUCAAAGGCUCAGAUGACGGUUGUGGGCAGUCAACAUGGGACAUUUACGGACUUUCCGAUCAUCGUCGACACCCUCGGGUUACGCGCGCUGAUACCUUCUCAAGAGCUCACACCGUUGAUUGGCAGCGUCAAGGGCGAACGCAUCCUUACCAUUGUGACGACUUACGUGAAUGCGUUCUUUCAGUUCGUCUUGGGACAUCCUCCGGCACCACUGCUGCAGCAGGCUAGCCCUAAAUUCCCGGACGUGGUUGUAGCAAAUUCGACAUUGACGAAAAGAUGA